AAAAAAGCGAUAUUUUGUAAAAUAAGAAUCGCUUUAUCUCGAGGAAAACAAAAUAAUCAUAAACAAAAAUACAUAAAUUUUAUAUAAACGUAGCUUAAGUACCAUUUUUCCGAAUUAUUCAUUAAAUCUUCAUUGAAUAAACAAAUUUAAAUAAUGUUAUACGGGACAAAUUUGGGACAUAGAAAAAAGAGCGAUAGUGAUAAAAAGAGCGUUUUGAUGGCGUUUUCUCUCCAGAUUUUCCCAAAAAAACAUAAUUAUUCACCUUUUUGAGUAUUCAAUUAAUUAAAAUAAAACAAAUCUGUGCGAUAAGUGGACAAAAUUGCAAGAAAAACGUGUGAAAAAGUGUAUCUUUUGGGUGAUUUCUGCAUCCAAAAGCCAACCUAACCUCUAACUUUUGCGACGUAAACAAACGAAAGCCCAGAGAGGCACAAAAAAAAAAUCCAAGAAAAAUGGAUCAAAUGUUGCCCAGUCCGGGGUUCUCGAUUCCCAGCAUCGGGACCCCACUCCAUCAGCCUGAGGAGGAUCAACAGAUAUUGCCAAAUGCCUAUCAACAGCAGCAGCAAAUGCAACAAAUGCCGGGAUCUUUGAGUAGCUUUGGGGCUCACAGUUCGGCAACUGGCCUUGGGGCGCCGCCCCUUUUACCAGCACCCACUAAGAGCAUGCACUCCUUCACACCAAGCUACGUAACACCACAGAGUAUGAUGCAACCGCAGACGCCACAGAGCCUUAUGGCCUCCAUGACGCCAAUGACGGAGAAUCGAGCGCCGGACAGUGUCAAUAUCCACCAGACGAUGGGGCCAGCAACCCCAAUGACCCCCAUGACUCCUGGGCCUGCUGACUCGGGUAUCAUUCCACAAUUGCAAAACAUCGUUUCCACAGUUAAUUUAAAUUGCAAACUAGACUUGAAGAGAAUAGCCCUCCAUGCGAGAAAUGCAGAGUACAAUCCAAAGCGUUUUGCCGCUGUUAUCAUGCGAAUCCGAGAACCUCGAACAACGGCCCUGAUAUUCUCAUCGGGAAAAAUGGUCUGUACAGGAGCCAAAAGCGAAGAGGACUCACGUCUAGCGGCUAGGAAAUAUGCCAGAAUCAUUCAAAAGCUGGGAUUCACAGCGAAAUUCCUGGAUUUCAAGAUCCAGAACAUGGUAGGAAGUUGUGACGUGAAAUUUCCCAUCAGGCUUGAAGGUCUAGUACUGACACAUUCGAAAUUCAGCUCGUAUGAGCCAGAACUGUUUCCGGGACUCAUUUAUCGGAUGGUAAAACCUCGAAUAGUCCUGCUAAUAUUUGUAUCCGGAAAAGUUGUGCUAACGGGAGCCAAAGUACGCCAGGAGAUUUACGAUGCCUUUGACAAUAUCUACCCAAUCCUGAAGAGUUUCAAGAAGCAGUGAAUGUAAGUCAGAUCCUUCGCUAUUUUCGGUUAUUAAAGGUUUUCACACGUAAAAAAAA